AUAAAAAUGUGGUGCGUCAAUGUGCUUUUGGUGUUCUUGACAUUUUUCGUGCUCGGACAAGACCCAACGGAAAUCGUGUUCGGUGGCGUGUUCGACGAGAAUUUGGAAAGUGGUGACCAUUCGGACUUGACGGACCAAGAGGCGUUCAAAUUUGCCGCUUACUUAGCAAGCAAAGAAAACGGUUUGCGGUUUAAAGCGAUCACUGAAACUAACUUUAAUCAUGUGAGUGGACCCUUCAAGGCAAAGUUAGCCGCUUGUUCGUUAAUUGAACACCAAGCAGUUGUUAUUUUUGGACCGAAACAGGCAGAGGAUGUUAAUAUCGUGCAGUCAAUUUGCGACUACAAAGACACCGCUCAUGUUGUCAACAAAUGGGUUUAUGGUCCCGCGGAACACAGGACCAUCAUCAAUUUUUACCCACACUCGUCGUACUUAACUCAAGCCUAUUUUGCCAUUUUGAAGAUGUCGGAGUGGAAGAGGUUCACGCUGUUUUACGACGAUAACGAAAGUCUGUUAAGAAUGGGAGACUUGUUAAAUCUGGCUAAAGACGACGGGAUUGUGGUGGUACUGAAACAACUUGACGAAGUCGGAGACGGGAUUUACAGAACGUCGCUUAAAGAAGCGGUACGCUCCGGUGAGACGAACUACGUGAUAGAUUGCAAUAUUGUCGUUCUAGAAGAGGUAUUGCGGCAUGCCCAACAAGUCGGUUUGCUUACGAGCCACUACAACUACUUUAUCACCAAUCUUGACCUACAAACUAUAAAUCUUGAGCCGUUUCAAUACAGUGAAGCUAACAUCACAGGGAUACGAAUCGUCGAUCUUUCCAACGAACUCACCUAUUGGAAGAGUCAAGGUAUAAUCAGAGGCGAUUUUAACCCACACUUCGACUUGUCUAAAAUGAAAACGGAGACAGCGCUUCUGAUUGACUCGGUCAUAGUUUUAGCCAAAGUCAUUAGUACGAAAAUUUCCUUCCAAAACCUGACGACAGACGACGAUAGUUGCGAUUCACUAAAGUCGUCACGACAUGGUUACACCAUUUCCAACCACGUCAAAACGAGCAAACAUUCCGAGAUGACUGGUCUAAUCGAGUUUGAUGGUAACGGUUUUCGAAGCAACUUUGAUUUGGAUGUGAUUACGCUCAAAGACAACGGGAUUAAUAAAAUCGGGACUUGGAAUUCCUCGAAAGGUUUGAUAACUGUGGGUCACGGAGCUAAACAUUCAAUUAAAGCCAGUAACAGUCUUCGGAACAGGACUUUCAAAGUGAUCACGACUUUGACGGCUCCGUAUACUAUGUUACGAGAAACACCUACGCAGCUGUUUGGUAACAACAGGUUUGAAGGGUUUGCAAUAGACUUGAUAGACGAACUAGGCAAAAUGGAAGGUUUCAAUUACACGUUUCUAAUCAGAGAAGAUAUGAAGAAUGGUGCUAAGGACCCAGUGACUGGGCAGUGGUCUGGAAUGAUCGGUGACGUGAUGGAUGGGACAGCAGAUUUGGCUAUUACUGACCUGACCAUCACCGCCGACCGAGAAGAAGCAGUCGAUUUCACUUCCCCUUUUAUGGAUUUGGGCAUCCAGAUUCUGGCACAGAAACCUAAAAACGCCCCUCCUAGUUUCUUCUCUUUCGCUGACCCUUUUGCCUUGGACACCUGGAUGAUGUUAGCCCUUGCUUACGUGAUCGUAUCGUUGUCGUUCUUCAUCAUGGGUCGACUUUGUCAAGAAGAAUGGACCAAUCCAUACCCUUGUAUCGAACAACCGGAAUUCCUCGUCAACCAGUUCAGUCUACAAAACUCUGCUUGGUUUGCCGUGGGUGCGCUCAUGCAACAAGGAACAGAAAUAGCCCCAAUAGCCGUUUCGACCCGAAUGGUCACCGGAAUGUGGUGGUUUUUCGUCCUGAUCAUGGUGUCGUCGUACACCGCAAACCUAGCGGCCUUCUUAGCCACCGAGAAUCCAAUCCACUUGUUCACGGAUGUUUACACCUUGGUGGACAACAUGGAAAAAAACAACAUGCGAUUGGGCGCGAAGGCCAACGGAGCAACUGAAAGUUUCUUCAAAGGAAAAAACGACUCAGUUUUUAAAAAAAUCGCCAAGUACAUGAAAACCCAUCCCGAAGACAUGGUAAAGGAGAACAAAGACGGCGUAAAACUGGCCGAGGAUUUCAAUAAUUAUGCUUUCUUCAUGGAAUCGACUUCUAUAUCGUACGAAACCCAGAGGCACUGCAGCUUGCAAGGGUAUGGCAAGCUUUUAGACGACAAAGGCUAUGGAAUCGCGAUGAGGAAAAAUUCCACGUACCGCAAAACUCUAAGUAUGGCGAUUCUUAAACUUCAAACCUCUGGGGUGUUAGACGAUUUGAAACGAAAGUGGUGGGAGGAGAAAAGAGGUGGGGGGCAAUGUAGCGCUGUUCGUGACAAUGAUAAAACACCCCCUUUAGCUGUUCAGAAUGUCCAAGGUGUCUUUUUUGUAACUAUAGGUGGAACUAUUUUGGCUGUGUUUCUAGUAAUAGCUGAAUUAUUGAUUUCCACGUAUAAAAUAAGUAAAAAGACGAAAAUACCGUUCAAGGAAGCAUCAAGUAUUGAAAUGCGGUCCUUCUUUGACUUUAAUAGCGACGUGAAGCCCGCCCUUGGAGACAAAUCUAAAUGUGGAAGCAAAUCUUCGGAAGGAACUGGUACUUCUAAUAAUAAUCUCCUGGCACCUGCUCCGCAGUACGGAUUUAUCCCGACUAUUACUAAGGAGAAACUCUAAUACCACAAUAGUGUCACAAUAAUUCAUCACUGUCACAUUUCGAAUUUAUUUAAUAAUAUAUUGUGCAACAAUAACAA